CCCCUCCAAAUCAUUGUUUUAUACACCUCCAUGGCCACAUGUGUAUAAAGCUAACCACCUAGGCAUGCAGACUGCUUCUACAAAUAUUUGUGAAAUAAUGGGUCACUCUCAGGAGCUCAGUAAAUUCAACAGUAGUACCUUAAUAGAUUGCCACCUGUGCAAUAAGCCCAUCCGUGAAAUUUCCUUGCUACUAAAUAUUCUACGGUCAACUGUUGGUGGUAUUAAAACAAAGUGGAAGCAACUGGGAACAACAGCAACUCAGCCACAAAGACCAUGUAAAAUAACAGAGCCAGCACAUGCUCAUGCACACAGUCAGCAGAAGUCCCCAACUGUCGAUAGCUAAAUACUUCCAAACUUCAUGUGGCCUUCAGAUUAGCACAACAAUGUGUAGAGAGCUUCAUGAAAUGGGUUUUCAUGGCCAAACAGCUGCAUCCAAG